GGAGGCAUCAACGGCAAGAUCGGCGAGGAGCUCAUCGAGGACGAGGGAGACGUCACCGAGGGCCCUCAGGCAAAGGAGCGCUUCAGCGCAGAGCUCUAUGGCAUCUGCGAAGCCAGGGAGUACCACGAGGCAGGAGCGGAGGUAAAUCCCUUUUGGUCCAAGAGGGUGCAGGAGGAGGUGAGGCUUCGUGAAGCGAGGCCGGAAGGACUGCCACCGGUCCCGGAGUCAGGUGAUGAGGAGGAGCCGGUCAGGACACCUUUGAAGGCUGCGGAGGGAGAAGCAGCCGCGAAGAGGAAUCGGGCCAGGGCCUUCAUGUCGCCGGAGGAGCGGUUGGCGGAUGAGAAAAGGGAGUUGGCCUUGCAGGCGGUCAAGAGGGAUCUGAGACGGAUCGGAGGAGAGGGUCCGCCGGAGGAGGGCGGGCGGAACAAGGGGCCUUCAGGUGGAGGCGGAGAGGAUUGGGAUGGCGCCGGAAGCGCAGGAGACAAGGGAAGGCCAGCCACACCUGAGGACCGUCUGGAGGGGGAACUCAGCAGGGUGAUGAUCGAGGAGUACGGUGCGGUCAAUAUGAACCUGGCUGAGGCGUUGCGGCAACGGAAUGAGCUGCGACAUAAGGUGGAGCGACUGGAGCUGGAGAAGAUUGUGGUGGAAGCGGAGGCCGAGCAGAACCGGAGGAUGGCGGAGCUGUGGGAAUCACGGGCGCGGCAGGCUGAGAAGCAUGUGGAGCUCUUGACGGACCAGAUCACGGUGCUGGAACAACGGCCUCAGCAAUUUCACACGCCGCAGCAAGAGGAGGAGCCGCAGCCACCGAG